ACGUUUACGUUUGUCUAUUGAUCAUUGACCGAGUUUCCAAUUCCAAGAUAUCCCAUGUAAGGUUUCGCUAAAUGGGAUAGUGUAUUAAAAAUUGAUUUAUCUGCUAAUUACAUUAACAAGGUGAAUACAAACAGUUGCUAAGAUGUGGCUCGACCAAGCCGAUGGCUUCGCUGAGAUCUUUCGCGGAUAUUUGCCGUACUAUUUGCUUGUAGUUUUCCCGAUUUUCAUAAUAAUGUCGCCAGCUAAUCCUGUGGCGGCUUCCCAUGAAUUUUCCGUAUACAGAAUGCAACAAUAUGACCUUCACACCGUGCCUCAUGGAUGUCGUAGUGCUAGCUUCAAUCUUGAAGGCAGGUCUUUGUCAUCCUGGAGCAUGUCCCGUCACUGUGUGGUGGCUCGCAUUCAGGACAUCACCAUCGACCAGUUUGUGGAGAUACGGAGCAAGGCUGGGGCACUGUUGCUAGUGCUACCAAAGAAUGAUACUUUACUCACUGAUGAACAGAAGGAGCACAUCAAACUCUUAGAAAUGGCAAUGAUGCAGCAAGAUAUUGGCAUCCCAGUGUACUUUGCUGAGUGGACGCCCGAGUUUGAAGAUAUAAUCAAAGAUUUGCAGCAUAGCUUCAUCACAGACGACAAGUCUGGAACAGCCCUGGAAGCCAUGUUUAACACUGUAUCAUCGAAUGGUUAUCAAAUUGUUGUGUCAGCUCCCACUCCAGCUAAGAUAGACUCCAAGCCGGUAACAAUUCACGGGAAGCUCGUGGGCCGGUCCGGGGCGGCACAAACCAUUGUCAUUGCUGCUCAUUACGACUCUUCUAGCGUCAUUCCUGAGCUCUCGUUCGGCGCUGACUCGAACGCAUCGGGCGCGGUGGCGGUGGUAGAGCUAGCGCGGAUCUUCUCCCGCCUGUACUCCGCUGCCGCCACUCGCGGCGGACCCUCCCUGGUGUUCAUGCUGACGUCGACGGGACAUUCGCUCAACUAUUUCGGCACUAAGAAGUGGUUGGAGGAACAUUUGGAUGCUGUUGACGCUUCUCUACUGCAGGACAUCUCAUUCGUAAUGUGCCUCGACUCUAUAUCCUCGAGUCCGUUGACCAUGCAUGUCUCCAAGCCUCCCAAGGCUGGGUCCCCAGCUCAGUCCAUGAAGGCAAGGCUCGGAGCACCCCUGGUGCAUAAGAAGAUCAACUUGGCUGAUGAGUUCCUUGCUUGGCACCACGAGAGGUUCAGCAUACGAAGAAUGACUGCGUUCACUAUCAGUUCCUUGCAGAGUCACAAAGACCCGUCCCGGAACACACUCCUGGACACACCCUCCGAGAGCUCGUUCCGGAACAUCGCCGACAACAUCGCGGCCACCGCGCGCGCGCUCGCCUCGCACAUAUACAACCUCACCGAGGAGGACAAUGAGGAGGACUCCAUACUGUAUGAUGAGGCCUUGGGUGUCGACGAGGCAUCAAUCAGACAUUGGUACAAGUUCCUGUCAUCACAGCCCAGGUCUCCGCAGGUCAUCACAUCCACCGCACCCAACGGAGGAGUGACGGGCGCGUUGGAGCGCGCGUUGUCCAAGUACCUGGAGACGACGGUGAGCGCGCACGCGUUGGACAAGCGCGAGCCGGAGUACGCGCUCUACUCGCCUACUAGGGCCAUACUCUAUGUGUACAGUGUAAAACCGGCAGUGUUCGACCUCAUACUGACGCUGGCGAUAGUCGCGUACCUCACGCUCGUGUACUUCGCGAUACAGCUGUUCCCGAGGUUCUAUGAGGAGUAUGCCAAAGUUGUUACCGGGAAGGCCAAAGUUAAUUAAUAUAAUUACAUUGAUGUACCAAUAAUAAGUAGUAAGCCUCAAUAGUGAAACGGUAAAGGAACUCACGCCGAGGGGUUAUGGGUUCGAUCUCCGACCGCUAGACUAUUGUAUUCACUCCUAACACAGACUUUUCUGACAACUCAGAUUGUUAUAUUUAAAAAAAAUAUUUUGAUCAUAUUUUAAAAAAGUGUUCACCAGGUUUUUUUUUAUACUUUACAAGUUAGCCCUUGAUUACAAUCUCACAUCUCAUCUGAUGGUAAGUGAUGAUGCAAUCAAUCUAAGAUGAACAAAAAAAAUCUCUGGUAUGCAGGUUUCCUAAAGAUGUUUUUCCUUCACAGUUUGAGACACGUGAUAUUUAAUUUCUUAAAAUGUACUCAACUUGGAGGUGCAUGCCCCGGACCAGAUUCGAACCCACACCCUCCGGAAUCGAAGGCAGAGGUCGUAUCCACUGGGCUAUUACAACUCAUGUGCCUGUAAUUACACCAACAACCAUGUCAGACCAUAUCGCAGCAUUGCUUAUUGAUGCCAGAAAUGAGCAUGGCAGUAGUGCUUCCUUGAGCUUUGUCAAAAACACCAGAAAAAUAACAAAACGUAACAUAGAGAAAGAAAUUGGCAAAAGAUAAAAAACCUACUCUCACAUGGAAAAUGUGUAAUGGGAGCCAAGAUAGCCCUGUGGAUAUGACCUUUGCCUCCAAUUGCAGUGGACGUGGGAUCGAAUCCGGUCCGGGGCAUGCAACUCCAACUUUUCAGUUGUGUGCAUUUUAAGAAAUUAAAUAUCACGUGUCUCAAACGGUGAAGGAAAACAUCGUGAGGAAACCUGCAUACCAGAGAAUUUUCUUACUUCUCUGUGUGUGUGAAGUCUGCCAAUCCGCAUUAGGCCAGCGUGGUGUACUAUUGGCGUAACUCUCACAUUCUGAGAGGAGACUCGAGCACAAUAGUGAACCGAAUAUCGAUAAUAUGGAAAAAGUCCAAAUUAAAUUGAUUGAUAACGUAGAAAAAGUCGCGGGCAAUGGCUUGUUUUAAAUAAAACUAAUUUUAGUUGAAAAAUAUCAACUUCUUGGUACAAAGUACACCCAACCCUGUUGAAAGAAAACCCAAAGCAAUAGAGCUGUUACUUUUCGUUAAAUCCUAUUUUUAAUUAUUAAAAUUACUUUUAAUUUUGAAACUAUUUUAAGUUAAUUUAUUAUUUAAGUAAAUGGUACUUGGGUAACUUUUAGAUUGAUUACAAAAACGAACAAAUUAUUUAAAUUAUUGCUUACUACGUUAAAUUGGUUGACUUGUUUAAAUGGGGAAUAUACGCGACUUUUUUAAAAAUUUAAUCGGUUUCUGAAAAAAAAAUAUGUACAUACUGAUCCUGGAUUACUAUCUAGAAAAAAAAAUACAAAUAUUCCAUCUGAAAAGAAAUAAACUAAGGAGUCCUACAAUAAAAGACAACAUAAACAACAAUGAUUUGGUAAAUGUAAGUAGAAGAUCAGAUUUAUGAUUUGAUACAACAGAAAUCAGUGACAAUUUGGUAUUGCAAUAACUGUUCUAAUAAAGUGAAAUCAAUAAAUCAAAUCAAAUCAAAAAUUAUAAAUAAAAAUAAAUAGAUAUGUAAAUAAAGACUACAAUUCGAUUUUACACGAGUUUGUCGAUAACAUAAUCGACACAAGCGAUGUACAUCACUACAAUAUAAAAUCAUCUACAAAUUAUAGCAGAGUGCAAUUUGAUUUAUACUUCGGAACCCAAUUAAUGGAUUUUCAUGUUUUUUUUAUUAAUUUAUUAAAUUCUAUAUUGUUAUACUAAAAAGUAUGCACUUGAAAAAAUACUGAUUUUUUAUCUUUCCUCUAGUUUCUUAUAACAAAGUAGGGAGAUUCCACCCAUUUUUAAUUUGUUUUUAAAGUUCAUUCACUAUAACUUAUUGGAUUACAAAUAUUGACAUUAUUAUAAUAUCGAAAUAUUUUUUGUGAAUUUUGAAUAUGUCAAAAAUACAUUUACAGGAAAAAUAGUUGUUGGCUAUGCCUAUUUUAUUUAAAAAUAUUUUUUUUUUUAAAUUUCAAAUAUGAAUAAUAAUUAAUUUUAAGUUAUAAUAAUAAAUCAAAGAGUUAGUUGCGUCUUGAAGAUUUAUACCUAAAUUUUGUUUUUAUAUUAUUAUUGUUAAGUUGAAAUGUAUUAUAAAUGAAAGAUUAUAAAACCAAGAAGUAUAUAAAACACGUGCGUGAGUUUUUUUUGUAAUAGUAUUAUUAUUUUAAAUUAUUUUCUCAUAGAGAAAAUCCAAAACAGUUGGUAGAACAUAUAAAAUAUCAAGUCACAGUUUUUGUAGUCGCUUUGUUACUUUCGAAAUCAGCCCGAUCGAUUUCAAUAAAACUUCUUUUUUAUAUGGUAGGUAUUAGAAAAGGUCGUGAAAAAUUUUUACCCUUCUAGACAAAGAUUUUAUAUUAUAGACAUGUCAUUAGCGAAUCAAAAUUGAGGAGGACAAAAGUGGCCAAUUCUACGUUCUUCAUUUCGUUGUGAACUACGUUGAUUAAAAAAAUAAUACCUAAAUAUUGGCUACAAUGUCAAGUGUGUCAAAACUAUAUUUACAUAAAUAUAUAAUGUAAAUAAACACAAAAUUGUAUGCAUGUGUAAUCAGUGGAGUAACUAAAUUCGGGUCAUUUUUUGCGGCGAUUUUGUAGACACGUAACAUAUCUAAUAGUAGAAAAAACUUUGCUCUUAGCGCGAUUUUAGUAUUUUUGUGUAUAAUGAUUUUUUUAUAGCAGAUCGUUGUUCCGAGUUAGAUUCUAAUAUACUCAUAGUACUUGCGAAUUUUUCAACUCAAUUUUGAAGCAAAUAUCUUCAAUCUAUUGAGUGACGUCACUCUAAAUCCAUCAUGGUGGACUAAAGAUGGCGGACAAGUUUUUAUAUGGUUACUACAAUAUGGGUAAAACUUCUAGUUAACUAACUAACCAUACUUUAAAUUUUUCAUUUUUUUUUACUUUUAAUUAUUUGUUACCUUACUACGACAUCAAAAGGUAAAUCUUCCUGAAAUAUAAUAAGUAUACUUGCUCAUAUAUGAAAUACGAAAUGUAAUCCUGGAUUUUAAAAUUUAUGUUAAUGUUGUAAUUUUUUACCAGAUGAUUUCCAAAUAUAUCAGUAAAAUAGUAUACACACAUAUUUCACAAAUAGUUUAUUAUUUUGAAAUAAAUUUAUAUUUAUUAUUACAGUGCUUGCCAUUUUUGAUUGGCACAAAUCUUAAAUAUCACAAUUAUCCUUUAACUUGGUGUCUUAGCUGUCAAAGGUGAAUGCCCACUAGACAAUACAAGUCGGCCCCGGGAACCCAGGUAUACCCCCGUAUACAAGUUUAUUAUAUACAUGAUAAUAUGAUGUAUAAAUAAGGAUCUGGUUAAAUAAUUGGCUUAAUAAAAGUAUGUUUCCUGAAGAAAAAAGAAUGUUUUUUUUUUGCUCAUCAACAUUGCUCAAAAACUUCACCGGUGUACCAAAGCGGCAAAGUAACAUUUGAGGUUGUAUUAUUUUCUCUGUCACCUUAAUAAACAAGAAAACAAACAUUAAAACCAAUCAUUAGAUUAAAAAAUGUCGUAAACUCAGGCUGGUCUAUGGAUAACGAUACGACUUGCUUUUUGAUGAAUUAAAAAUGUCCUAAAAAGUUGUAGCAAACCUUUUUUGAUAAAGUAAUAAUUUCAUUUAUUAAAGUAGAAAUAACAUUUUUUUAGAUACAAGUAAAUUGCUGGGUGGUUAGGGUAGGUCAUGGCCAUUCCCUUUUGACAGCUUUGCCUAAAUAACCAAACUGGUUUAGGAUUUGUUAACAACCGAGUCAGCACCAAAUCGUUAAUUGUUAAAAUAGCUAUUGUACCGUCCUCGUGUUCCUUGAAUUGCAGAUUUAACGUAUGCGUCCACAUUUCCGCAUCAUUCGUAACGGAUUAAACGGAUUUUUAAUUGAUGCGGAUUAGUGGACGCACUUGUAUGACUUUCUAUACAAAGAAUACUAUGAUCCGUUUGAUGCGAUGCGUCCGAUACGUACGAUGCGGACCUGUGGACUGCUACCAUUAGUAGUAUUUUACUUGGCAUUAUUUUAAUAGACCAAGAGUCUGUAUAGUCUAUUUGACUAUUUAUAAAUAAACUAGCUGCCUCCGCGCGGUUUCACCCGCGUGGUUCCCGUUCUCGUAGGAAUACGGGGAUAAUAUAUAGCCUAUAGCCUUCCUCGAUAAAUGGGGAAUCUAACACUGAAAUAUUUUUUCAAAUCGGACCAGUAGUUCCUGAGAUUAGCGCGUUCAAUCAAACAAACAAACUCUUCAGCUUUAUAAUAUUAGUAUAGAUUUCAUGAAUUUAACAAGAAUAAAAUGGCUAUCCUUUUUUUAGUAUAUUUCCCAUAGAAACCUGUCAUUUUAAUUAGGAGUAGGCUUCACUUUGCGGAAGAUCAUUAGGAAUAUAAAUAAUUGAUUUAUUUUCCUUUUAUACUUGAAAAUAAAAGAACUUAGAGUCUACAGAAAAUUCUCUAUGCACCUUUCCCAAACUAAAUUCUCGGGUGAUGUUCCACAAUGUUGAAUUGCGAACUUUUUUGAUUUUUUUUGGGUAUUCACGGAUAUGUGCAAAAUAAUCAAUUAUUCCCUAUCUACUUGUCAUUUUUGGUCAGAGAUUUGUAUGUAACAGAAUUUUCAUCAAAUGUCUAUAAUUAAUUAAAUGUAAAUUUUAUUGGCAGAUUAUUGUAGUCAUAAAACUAAUGCAUCGACAUAAUAACUAGUCUACUUUUCGUGAAUGAAUAAAAGGUUAAUGAAAUUUUAGUUUUAUAUUAAGUAUUCAUUAUUAUUACCAUUUUGUUACCUUUUCCGUACAAAUGACAUUUGUUGAAAUAAAUAAAUUUAUAUACCUAGAACUAGAUAACCUUAGAACCCUAGAUCAUUUAAAAUUAUCUUACAAGGUCAUUAAAUAGUUAAGAGGUCUUGUGAUCUAGAUUCUAGAUGAUUGGUAUGUUGAAAUAUUAUUAUAAUGUGAAAUGUCAUAAUAUAUAUUUAGUGAGGAACAAAAUGGCGUUUAAGUGAAAAUGGUUUUGUUUGCAUGAAACUGAAUAAUAAAGUUUUGGUUUUGAAAA